AUGAGUCAGCCUAGGUCAGGCCAGGCCAGACGAGGGUCAGUGUUAUUAGAAUCAUUCUCAAAGAUAUCCCCAGCAUUCGAGAAAUUGCAAAGUUUUUUGAGUAAUGAUUACAAGACACGUCCAGGAAUCGCGGUCACUACUUUGCCCGAUGGAGAAAAUCGUUACAAGCAACUCCUGAAAUUCCACACAUUAACAGAUUACAGUGCUGAGGAAAUCCAUCAAAUUGGACUUCGUGAAGUAGAGCGCAUUGAAGCCGAAAUGGAAAAGGUGGUGAAAGCUCUUGGAUACAACAUGCCAGUCCAAGAGUUUUCUUCUCUUCUCCGAGACGACCCUAAGCAGUAUUUCUCAAAUGCCGACGACUUGCUUGAUGCCUUCAGAGUCAUGGCGAAGGAGAUUGAGCCGAAGAUGCUCGGACUCUUUGCUGAGCUCCCAAAGAUAGGGCUGAAGAUUGAAGGCGACCAAAAUCCAAACAAAAUUGGGGCUUUUUACGAGGCAGGCUCAUACGACGGAACACGGGGGGGGAUCUUCCAAGUUGGCAUAAAUCACUUAGACACAGUACCAAAGUAUGGCAUGAUGACCCUCUCCCUCCAUGAAGGCAACCCAGGGCACCACUAUCACCGAUCCUAUUGCCGCGGUUCAGCUUCCAUGCCCUUCUUCAGGCGAGUGAUGGAGGACCGUAACUAUGGCCAGUCGCCUUCGAGGUUCCCCAUGAACACAGCCUAUGGGGAGGGCUGGGCUUUGUACGCAGAAGAUCUGGGCUUUGAUAUGGGCCUCUACGACAAUCUGUUUGACAGGUAUGGUCACUACUCAGCCGAGAUAUUCCGUGCAAGUCGUUUAGUGGUGGACACUGGCUUACAUGCAUUAGGGUGGACAAGAGAGAAGGCUAUUGACUACAUGUUCUGCCACACUGCAAUGACAAAGACACAGAUCGAGAAAGAGGUUGACCGAUACAUCACAUGGCCAGGUCAGGCUUUAGCAUACAAGAUGGGCCAGCUGAAGAUCUCACAGCUGAGAGACAAAGCCCAAAAGGAACUCGGCAACAAAUUCUGCAUCAAGACCUUCCACAUCAUUGUUAUGGAGUCGACUGGGCCUCUAAGCCUAUUGGAAGAGGAAAUCAACAAGUGGAUAGCAGGCGAAACCCAUUAUGCAAAGGGCAGCUAGACUUGUUUUCGGAUGUGUAUAAACUUUUAGGGUACCUUUAUUUUUCACUAAUAUACAACAGAAAAACAAGUUAUGUAUAAGUUCAACAAACACCAAGAGAUAAGAGCUCAUAUGAAUGAAUUGUGUGUCUGGCCCUUUGGAACCCUGCAGUCACUUUGCUAAAUUGCAAUAAACAUGUUUCUAGACAAAAACUGUAUUUUCUGUAGUUUAAGUACAUUUUUUAGGAUUGAACAAACAGUCAUUGGUGGUAUAUUCAUCACACAAGUAAUAUUAGCAACAUUUACCAUUUCUACUCAACCUUUUGACACAAAGCUCUGGGUAUCAACCAUGACUUAAAAUCAUAAAGUUGUAGUCUAAUAUCAGUCAGAAAAAUGAGAGUUGGUGAAGCAGUGGCACCAACACUUUCUUUCUUGCCUUCUUAAUAAUGGUUUAAUAUUUAAUGUCUGAAACAGCUAAAUGUGCUAGACAUCAAAGGUCAUAUAGCACUAUGCCUUCUUAAGAAUUUAUGGCUUCCUUCCAUAAAACUUGAGCAGGAUAAUGAUGACAAAUAAAGGGAAUCUGCAGGUGUAUGGAGUCUGGGGUGCUACAAUGUCAGUCAGGCAUGCUUGUUUGUGUUGCAAGGGUACAUGCAAAGGUUUGAGUUUACCCAAAAUCAUGUUUUUAAGUAUUGAGAUCUAUUGUGUUUCUAAACAUUGUAAAGGGAGCAUAUUAUUUUCUUUUUGGAAAGGUUUCUAUGGUGCCAGCUUUUACAUGAAAAUGUCUAUUUGGAGUAAAGUGUGAAAUAUUUUAAUGGCUUUGUUUCUUUGGAACAGAUUUUAUUGUCAAAAAAAAAAAAAAAAAAAAAAAAAAGGUAUAACAAUGAACUAAUAUAAAGUUAUAAUACACAUUUAAAAUGAAUCUUCAUGAGAAUUACAUAUGUAUUUCUUAUGAGGAUUGCAAAAAUAAAUAAAAGCUAAAUCUGUUAAA